CACUUUUCCACCACUUUUCUAUUGUGUCUGUCAUGAGCAUGACGUUUGAAAUUUCCAAAAUGAUGGUGCAAAACUGGAUUCUAGUGUUUGGUUAUUGAUACUUUGUUUGUGGUAACAUUUAAUUGCCAUUUUCAUUACUACGUGUUCAGUCUACUAGCUCAGAGAGUGAGCAAAUCGUCUACUCGAUAAUUCAGAAAUAGUGCUUCAAAAUGGCACUAUCCAAAACAGAAGCUCCAUCAAAAGUGGAGCCGAAAAAAGAGACUGAAGAGGAUAAAAACGAGUUGUCUGAAGAAGACAAACAGCUGCAGGACGAACUAGCCCUAUGUGUCGAGAGACUAACAGAAAAUGACGAAAGUCUCUAUUUGUCUGCUCUCAAUGUUCUUGGGACAAAAAUUAGAGCUUCAACAACUUCUAUGACGUCUGUGCCGAAACCCCUCAAGUUCAUGAGGCCCCAUUACGAUACCAUGAAAGCGGUUUACGAUAAAAUUACAAACCCUCUAGUCCAAAGAGUUUGUGCUGAUAUAGUGUCAGUAUUGGCUAUGACUAUGGGCGAAGGUAGGGAGUGCUUGAAAUACCGAUUGCUGUCCGACUUGGACAAAAUUGGAGAAUGGGGACAUGAAUAUGUUAGGCACUUGGCAGGCGAAAUUGCAGGUGAAUGGGCCGAUAAAGAUGUGGAUGAUAAGGACAUUGAAAGCAAAUUGAUUCAAUUAGCAAAACAGAUUGUCCCUUAUAACAUGGCCCACAAUGCUGAGGCCGAGGCAUGCGAUCUUCUUAUGGAGAUCGAAAGGCUUGAUCUUUUGGAGCAAUAUGUCGACGAAAACAUCUACUCUAGAGUGUGUCUCUAUUUGACUAGCUGUGUCCCUUAUGUGGCUGACCCUGAAAACACCACUCUACUGCAAACAGCACUCUUAUUAUUUAGGAAAUUUAACCAAUAUCCACAAGCUUUGCGUUUAGCCAUGCAACUGAACGAUCAUGCUCUGAUUGAGGAAAUAUUUCUUUCCUGUAAAGAUUUGCCUCUUCAAAAGCAGCUGGCUUACAUGCUAGGUCGACAACAAAUCUACUUAGAAAUUCCUGAAAGUACGCCAGAGUACGAAGAUCUUUCGGAAAUCAUGGCCAAUGGCCAUUUAAAUAAUCAUUUCCUAAACUUAGCUAGAGAGUUGGAUAUCAUGGAACCUAAAACCCCGGAAGAUGUUUAUAAGUCGCACUUAGAAAAUACUAGAGCGCCUUUUGGUGGAAGCCAAGUGGAUUCUGCAAAGCAAAAUUUGGCAGCUAGUUUUGUCAAUGGUUUUGUUAACGCUGCCUUUGGGCAGGACAAACUCCUGAUGGAAGAUGGCAAUAAAUGGCUAUAUAAAAAUAAAGACCAUGGGAUGUUGAGCGCUACAGCCUCUUUGGGGUUGGUUCUAUUAUGGGAUGUUGACGGUGGACUAACGCCAAUUGACAAAUACUUGUACUCCUCAGAAGACCAUAUUAAAUCUGGAGCUCUACUUGCUUGUGGUAUUGUCAAUUGUGGCGUAAGGAAUGAAUGUGAUCCUGCCCUGGCUCUGUUGAGCGACUACGUUCUUCAUAAUGCACCUAUUAUGCGCACUGGAGCUAUAUUAGGCCUGGGUCUAGCGUAUGUUGGAUCCAACAGAGAAGCUGUACUUAGUUUGCUCUUUCCUGUAUUCUCUGAUCCCAACUCCAACAUGGAAGUGGUCGGCAUGGCAGCUUUAGCCUGUGGAAUGAUUUCGGUGGGAUCUGGCAAUUCACAAGUUACAACCACUAUCAUGCAAACGCUGAUGGAAAAGUCUGAAGAAGAUUUGAAAAAGGACACGUAUGCCAGAUUUUUACCCUUGGGGCUUGGAUUAUGUCAUUUGGGAAAGCAGGAGAGUAUUGAUACUCUUAUUGCUGCAUUAGAAGUGAUUCCAGAACCAUUUAGAUCCAUGGCCACCACCAUGGUAGACAUAUGUGCCUACGCUGGAACAGGAAAUGUCUUGAAAGUUCAGCAAUUACUCCACAUAUGCUCUGAACACUAUGAGGCUUCGGAAACGUCUGAAAAAGAUAAGAAGGAUAAAGAUAAAGAGAAGAAGGAGAAGGCAGAAGAAAAAGAAAAGGAUCUGUCAUCAAGACAAGCUAUCGCUGUUAUUGGUAUAGCAUUGAUCAGUAUGGGCGAGGAUAUUGGAAGUGAAAUGGCAUUUAGAACAUUCGGUCAUCUGCUACGAUACUGCGAGCCUGUCAUACGAAGAGCAGUUCCUCUAGCUUUGGGCCUAAUUUCCGUCUCAAACCCAAAACUGAGCAUUUUGGAUACUUUAAGCAAAUUUUCGCAUGACAGUGAUGCCGAGGUUGCUCACAACGCAAUUUUCGCCAUGGGACUAGUUGGCGCUGGCACUAAUAAUGCAAGAUUAGCCGCAAUGCUGAGACAACUGGCUCAAUACCAUGCUAAGGAUCCAAACAAUCUAUUUAUGGUCCGCAUUGCACAAGGACUCACUCAUUUGGGCAAAGGAACGUUGACGCUUAGCCCAUAUCACAGUGACCGACAGCUUAUGAGUCCCGUAGCUGUUGCGGGCUUAAUGGCCACACUUGUCGGAUUUUUGGAUGUAAAGACCAUUAUUCUUGGAAAGUCGCACUACUUGCUGUAUACUUUGGCCGCUGCAAUGCAACCGAGAAUGCUUGUCACCUUUGAUGAGGAUCUUAACCCAUUGCCGGUACCAGUGCGAGUUGGAUUGGCGGUGGACGUUGUAGGACAAGCGGGAAAGCCCAAGACUAUCACGGGAUUCCAAACUCAUACAACUCCAGUAUUGCUAGCACAUGGGGAAAGAGCUGAGCUUGCUACCGAGGAAUAUACUUCCCUAACGCCUAUUAUGGAAGGAUUUGUGAUACUUAGAAAGAACCCCGACUUCAAUCCAUAAUUCUGUAUUCAAUAUUUUGCUUCUUUAUACAAUUGGACUUUUUUUAGAAAAUGUAUCGGCUUUAUUUGUAUUAGUGAUUGUAUCACGUAUGCAAGUCAAAUUGGUUAUUAAUGCUAGUUGUAUGUCAUUGAACCAAUUGACGCUAUUCUGAAUUGUUUUUCACCUACGCGUGCUACUGGUAGCACGUGCCACAUUAAAUUUUGUUAACAGAUUGUAUGAUGUGUUUCCAACCAAGUAACUUUAUAUACUUAUUAAACCGUCGAAUAAAUGUAUUAAUUUGAA